ACUUUCUGAACUUCGUACAGUCUUUAUUGAUUCACUGUCGAACAACAUCAUCCUUUGUUAAGUUUUCGAAAUGAGUUCAAGUAGAACGUAUAGUCUUGAAGAAAUUAAUUCAUUAUCAACAGAAGAGUUUACUAGUUUAUUUAGUAAUAUUAUAGAAAAUUGUCUAGAAGUAUCUUAUCAAGUAUCAUUGAAGAGACCUUUUAUAAAAAUUAAUGAAGUUGAAAACGUAUUUAACGAUUAUCUCAAUCAACUUGAUAAUAAUGGAAAAGAAAAUAUUUUAAAUAAACAUCCACAGUUAAAAGGUAAAAUAAAUAAAGAGGAAUUAACAACUGAAUCAAGAAAAGAACAAGAAUUAGUAGAGAUCAACUCAAUAGCAGAAUCACAAAAAUUAGAGUUGAUGAAAUUAAAUGAACUGUAUUUAAAAAAAUUCUCAUUUCCAUUUAUAAUAUGUGUACGAGACAAUAAUGUUUUAUCAAUACUUUCGGCAAUAAAAACUAGGUUAGAAAAUUCAAAGGAUGUAGAAUUGAAUAAUGGAAUUGAAGAAGUCAAAAAAAUAAGUAAAUUUCGAAUAACAGAUUUGCUAACAAAAGACAACUCUAUUGAAGAUAAAUGACAAAUUUAUGUUAUCACAUUGAACAAACAUAUUUAUAUUUAUAGCAAAACAUUUAUUCAGAUUCAGUAAUGUAUUUAAUAUGAAGAACGUACAUAAUCAUAAAUUAAAAAUAAUGAUUACCAAAUGUUUAGAGGAAUCCUAAUUUUUUUUCUACUGUUGCAUGAGGCUGUAACAUCUGUUCUCUGAAUUCUGGAGUAUUUAAUACAUCUUCAAAUCUAAUCGAGGAAUUAAAAUAAAUAAACAGAUAUUAAAAUGUA